CCUGCAGUGUGGUGGGAUGAGACCUUUUUUUCCCGGGCCCCACGUACUCAAGGAGCGGGUUUCCGCACGGCCGACAAAGGCCGGCGCACAACAUGGCGGCCCCUAAGCCUUACGGAGUGCUCCGGGGCCGUCGCCUGCCUCGCUUCUGACCGAAACCUGGAGGACUGGAAGACGUGCCAGUCGCAGGGUCAAAGGAGGUCAGGCUUCCAGCGAGCCGGGCACCCGUCUCCGGCAGCCCCCCUUCCCGGUGCGCCCUUCCUGCGCUCGGCGACGUUUCAGUCUUCUCUCCCUAGCGGCGAGCCCCUCCAGAAGCCCUCCCGCCUCGCUUCCCCGGAGCCACGCUUUCCAGGAGCCGCGGGCCCCGCUCCAGCCCGGCGUAGCCCGCUCCAGGUCCGCACCCCUCCGUGCCGGGAUAGUGCCGGGGUCGUGGCGGGCCUGCAGCCCCUCCGGACCGGUCUCACCCGCUAGCCCCGCCCCCUCCCCUUGUCCCCUUUACCUCUAGCCCCACCCCCUAGCUACUUUCACCCUCGGGCCCCGCCCCCUCCCUUGUCCCUUUUGACCCUAGGCCAGCCCCGCCCUUGCCACUUCCACCCCCUGGCGCCGGCUCUCCUCCAGCCGUGAGCCCCGCCCCCUCCUCGUGCUCGCGCCGGCUCCUCCACGUGUUCCGCUCGCCCGGCCCUGGAGCCCACCCUGGCCCCCUCCAUGGCGGAGGCCCCGGGCCCCGGGGAGAAGAUCAGCGUGCAGGCGGGCAGCGAGGGCCCCACGGCCGCAGAGAAGGCCAAGGCCUGCCCGUGCGACGACUGGUCGGCGCCGCCGCCGCCGCCCCCGCCGCGCACCUGGCGCCAGAAGUGCGCCGCCUACGUGCUGGCGCUGCGGCCGUGGAGCUUCAGCGCCUCGCUGAGCCCCGUGGCGCUGGGCAGCGCGCUGGCCUACCGCACGCAGGGCGCGCUGCAGCCGGGCCUGCUGCUGGGCAGCGCCGUGGCCGUGCUGGCCGUGCACGGCGCCGGCAACCUCGUCAACACCUACUACGACUUCUCCAAGGGCAUCGACCACAAGAAGAGCGACGACCGCACGCUGGUGGACCGCAUCCUGGAGCCGCGCGACGUGGUGCGCUUCGGCGUCUUCCUCUACACGCUGGGCUGCGUCUGCGCCGCCUGCCUCUACUUCCUGUCGGCGCUCAAGCUCGAGCACCUGGCGCUCAUCUUCUUCGGGGGCCUCUCGGGCUCCUUCCUGUACACGGGAGGGGUUGGAUUCAAAUACGUGGCUCUGGGCGACCUGGUCAUCCUCAUCACCUUCGGCCCGCUGGCCGUGAUGUUUGCCUACGCCGUGCAGGUGGGCUCGGUGGCCAUCUUCCCCCUGGUGUACGCCAUCCCGCUGGCGCUCAGCACGGAGGCCAUCCUGCACUCCAACAACACCCGGGACAUGGAGUCCGACCGAGAGGCCGGCAUCGUGACCCUGGCCAUCCUCAUCGGCCCUGCCUUCUCCUACAUGCUCUACAACACACUGCUCUUCUUGCCCUACCUGAUCUUCAGCAUUCUGGCCACGCGCUACACCAUCAGCAUGGCGCUGCCCCUGCUCACCAUCCCCCUGGCCUUUGCGCUCGAGAGACAGUUCAGGAGCCAGAACUUCAACAAACUGCCCCAGAGGACUGCCAAGCUCAACCUCCUGCUGGGGCUCUUCUACGUCUUUGGGAUCAUCCUGGCCCCGCCGGGCGCCCUGCCCAGACUCUAACGGGCCGGGUCAGCCCUCCCUCCUCCCCCCUUCCCCUUCAGCGGACCGUGACUCCCGGACUCAGGGUGUGAAUCAGUGUCUGAGAAGGAUCUGGGAUCUGGGAGCUUUCGCCUUUGGGGUAACAGAACCUUCAUAGCUAUCCAUGUUUUCUCGCAGUCCUUGGGAUUCUGCCGGGACCCAGGAGCAUUCUGGGGGCACCGGCUCGCUCUGCUCACAGCUUCCACUAGAGGGCAGCGUCGGGUCACUUUGAAAUGAGACUGUCCCUUCCACGUGUGGCCAGCCUCUCCGGCCCCUCACUACAGGGCACUUGUAGAACCCUUACAUUGAAGCUCAUUCCCUUACCAGUUUUGGUCUUCUGUGGUAAUGUGGGCUCGCUAACAUGGGCCCGGCCAUCUCUUCCCUUUGGUCUCUGGCCCAGAAAAGGGCCGAGAGAGCCCUCGUUCACAGCCCACGGGCUCAGAUGCGCUCCCCCGACGGAUCCGCUCUCUGGUCCCUGGCGGGUGUGGGGAGGGCAGAGGCUGCUUCCCUUGUAGGAAACCAUAAAGGAGGCAGGGCCAGGAGUUCCUGCUGUCCUUGGCCUGAAAUGACAGCAUGGUCAGCAGUUUGAGGGCGUCCAGGACACCGUUUCUCUUCACCCCUGCUCUCAGCCCUUCCCCUUUUAAAAAUCUUUUAAUAUUUCUUUUGAAUACCCUUGCCCAGUUUUCUUAGAGAGAAGAAAAAACAGCAUUCUGCCACUAGAUUUCCUGGUAAGAAUUUAGAAGCUGUCGCAGAGCCCAGGGUAAGCCAACUAAGCCCACAAAUCUUUGGGGUUCCCGGGUCAGGCCCGUGGGCCGUUUCUGAGCCAGAGUGGGCCAAGCACAGCGAAUUUAGUCUCUCUAGGGUAUGAUGACAUCAUCUGACCCACCCCAAAUAUUUGCAGCCCUUCUCCCCACAGCAGCUCUAAGGCUUUGGUGCCCAGGGUAGAGGGUGGACCAGGCUCACCAUAUGGUCCAGACCAUGACCAGAGCGGGUCACAUCACAAAGAGAAAGAGGGGAGACCCUGGAGGUUCUUGGCAACGGUUUUGGUCCCGACACAGAGCCCACAGCAAAGAGAAAGGCUGAAGUCCUCCCCAGCACUCCUUUCCCAAGACCUUGGUAAGACGCAAAUUUGGGGUUUGUGGAGUUGUAGGCGCUGCUCCCGUCCAUCCUUUCAUGAAUUGGCCCCUCCCAGAGCUUGGCCCUCUGGGAAGAGGGUCUUCUGUGGAUCCCCAGGUUGGCCACCGCGUCUUAUCCUGUCCAUUCUGUCUCAUUAGCCUGCAAGCUAGAGUCUAAUGCCGAUUUUAAUACAUUUUUGAUACAUGCACACCCUGACAAAGCCACAUUUGGUAUUGAGUUUUGUACACGGCUCACCAUGCAUUUAUACGGCUGUUGUUGAUUCAGUGAAUUUUUCUUAGUCUUGUUGAUUAAAAAAAAAAAAUGAAGAAUUCGCUCAUUACCAGUCUCUGGCU